AUGAUAGGCAUUCCUACCUUGAGGGUCAACUUGUGGGGAGGCAUUCCACUGAUAUUCAUCGAGUGGAGUACCUCCUGCUCGAAGAAAUUGCCGUCACCGUCGUCUUGUACAGAAUCGGAAGACAUGUAUUCCCGCGCCUGUCCAGUUAAUCGAUCGGUCACCGCUUCAUUGAUGCGGUGCACGAUUGCGUUCGUGGUCGUGAGGAUCGUACGAUUAGCGAAAUACUCAUCGGUAGCAACUUCGGGGUUGUUAAUCUCGCCAUACAUCUCGUCGAUGAUCCGAUCCAUGCCUCUUGGAAUAACACCAGGACGAAUUUCCUGGUCCUCAUCCUCAGGCACAGGUGGAUUCUCAAUCAGCAUAUCGCGCGGGAUCUUCAUGUAA